AUGGUGGUGGAGCAGAGAGUGGAGCUGAGGAACAUGGGGACCAGAGUGACAGCCAGUGAGGGUCAGGUGGUGGAACUGAAGAGAGAGAACUCAGUUUUGGAGAUCAGACUGAGUGCCAUUAAGAGCCAGGUGAAGGAGCUGAAAGGAGAGGUGGAGGAGCUGCAGAAAGAGGUGGUGAACCACAGAGUGGAGCUCAGUGUCACUAUGACUGAACUGCAGUUCCACAAGAACAAGGUGGAGGAACUGGAGAGAGAGAAUGCAGUUCUGCAGGCCAGAGUGACAACCAGUGAGAGCCAGGUUGAUGAACUGAAGAGGGAGAAUACAGCCCAAGCAGCAGAACUGUCAGCCAUGGGGACCAGAGUGACAGCCAGUGAGAGAGAGGUGGAGGAACUGAAAGGGGAAGUGGAAGGGCUGAAGAAAGUGCUCACAGACAGACCAAAGGUGGCCUUCUCUGCUGGUUUGACUAACUCAGGAAAAGUAGGACCUUUCAAUACUGAGACCCAACUGAUCUACACCAAAGUCUUCACCAACAUUGGCAACACCUACAGCCCAGUGACAGGUGUCUUCACAGCAUCAGUGAGAGGAAUCUACUACUUCAGACUCUCUGGCAUGGACGUCCGCACAUCGGCAUAUAUGGGUGUAUCCUUAUUUAAGAAUAAGCAGCGUGAAAUAUUGUCAAAUCAGUACAAUAGCCACGGAGGGCAUCAGUAUGUAUCUAAUGCAGUGACUCUAGAGCUGGAGGAGGGGGACUUGAUCUACAUGCAUCUCCCAUCAGGCUAUGGUCUCUAUGAUAAUUCAAAUAAACGUUGCACCUUCAGUGGCUUCCUGCUCUUCCCUGUGUGAGGGCUGAGAGAACCACAACAAAAGCUUUGAUGAAAUCAGAUGCAAAAUCAGAGUUCAA